AUGGCAACACGGAGAUCAUCCUUAAGACUUCCUUGGUCUCAAGAUGAAUCACCAACCCAAUCAUCUACUCGACCCAACGCUACAACCACAACCACAACCACAACCACAAGCACGACCCUGACUGGUGAAACCCAAAUCCCUUUUCAACCCUCUAAUAUCAACUCUACUGCCACAAAUUCUCUGUCUCAAACUACUACCAGACCAAAGAUUGGUCAGAGGCCACCAUUUAGGCCAGCUCCUUCUCCCAAAAAUCGGGCAUCCAGGAACAAGUCUCAAUCUUCAUCACCACCUCAACCAACUAAUAAGUCCCGCAUAGCUUCACCAUCAACUAAGUCCCGGUUGUCUCAAUCUCCAUCUUCAUCUUGCUUAACUCCUCAAUCAUCCUCCCCAGCACGCAGGACUCCCCAGGUCCUUUCAACUAAAGCAAGCCAAGAUUCUGUUGUAAAAACUCAAAUGCAAGAAAGGAAUCAGGCACUGCAACACGUCUCUUCCAUAUCUACAAAGGCACAGACACCCAUUCUGGAUAAGAAAGAACCAACGGAACAAAUGGAGCUCCAAACUAAGAAACUAACCAUGUCAGAUGCUGUCUCUGAAGCGAAAGUAAGUUUCACAGACAAGACAAUGCAACCUUUGGAAGUAUCAGUGUUAAAAUUCACCAGUAAUACUGGUGAAUCGUCUAAGUUGCUCAAAGAGUCGACUAGCAACAUUCAGGAAAUCAAGGAAGUGGUGCACGAGGCAAUAGGUAAGGAGUAUGGUGCUGGAGAACAAGUUCAACAAAAACAAGCAUAUAUGGUGAAGCAAGAAGAGGCUACUAAAGAUCAAAAUUUGGUGAACCCUGCUUCUGAGGGAAGACAAACGAGAGCGAGUGCAUCUCAGAACAAAACUAUAUCCACUGGUUCUAGUCAGAAAACUGCAGCAUCCAGUGAGCCACAUAUUCCCCUACACAAAGAGAUCAAAGAUAACAUCUCAAAUGUUCUUAAUAGAGUAGCAGUUGGAGGCGGCAACCAAGAAACUGCAGGAAAAACACCAAUGAAUGUGAUCACUCUUGCAGGUGACAAUCGAGGAGCAUCUAUGCAACUUGAGUCCGACUCAUCCACAAAAGGAGGGCGAAUCCACAUUCAUAGAGGAUACAAAAUCAACCCUGAUGCAACCACAGAUGGAGAGGGAACAAAAUCAAAUGGUGCACAUGCUAUCGAGGAUCAAACAAUAGCUGCAUUCGUAAAUUGCAAUGUACAGGGCAUCAAUAAUUCUAUUUCAUAUAACAGUUCCAUUACAGAAAGAAAUCCAGGUGUACAUAUGUCGAUCCCACGUGUGCCUUCAGAACCUGUACAUUCAACAAGACUAUUUGAGGCAGAAUGCAGCGUUACACCUGCAAGAACAAUCAAAAGAAGAUGUCUCAGAGGCCUUUUCCUUGAAUCAAGUGAUUCUGAUCCAGAUAAACCUCACCGACAUGGUUGUCGCGUUGGAUGCAAUGAUAAGAAAAAAUAACAAGAUAAAUGUUCUACUAUAGUUGUUCUUGGCAAG